AAAAAGAAUAACAGCUCAUAACAAUAAAAAAGAAAAGGUGGGUUCAUUUCCUGGGUGUAAUGAAAUUGAAGCAAAGACGGGGAUUUAGGUCUGAAUCAAUCGGGUCCGAUAACAUCAGAAAUGAUCCUCAGCUGCUAGGCAAGCGGCGCAUGUGAUUGUUUAUGUAUUCUUUUCCAAUUCGAGGAGAUAUGCUCAAGAUUGGGAGUGUCUCAAGAAAUAACAGUAGCAGUAAUAAUACUAAUAUUAAUGAUACUGAUAAUAAUGCUUUGAAAAUGACACAACCUCAGCAGUCUCUUAGGCGUUUGGGCUUGUGUUCACAAUUAGCUCAACACUCCUCUCCAAUUGUAUUCCCUGAGAAACGUACCAAGAAGGUCAAGGCUUCUGAUCCUCAAUUUGACCACCCUAAGAAAGAUGAGCACAGAAUUGACAUUCCUGUUGGUGGUGAAAAUGAAAAAUCUGAUCUAUUAGGGUAUGUUGUUUACUCUGGCAAGCUUAUUUUGGAUAAGAGAAAUACCUCUUAUGAUAAAACUACUACCAUUGAUGUACAACACCAAUCUUCAACUCAACCCACUAGUCAAGAAGCUGUUGAUGCUAAGCUCACCAGCAAAGCCUUAGUUUGGGGUUCUCAUGUGCUGUCUUUGGAUGAUGUCAUCUCGGUAUCAUAUAAUAACGGCCUCAGACAUUUUACUGUUCAUUCUUAUCCUUUUAAAAGGGGUUCCUGUGGUCUUUCCUGUUUUAUAAAGCCUCGGAGAACUCGAAAGGACUAUCGCUUCUUGGCUUCUAGCACAGAAGAAGCAAUUCAGUGGGUAGGUGGUUUUGCUGAUCAACAAUGCUUUGUAAAUUGUUUGCCUCACCCUUUGGUUUCUUCAAAGAAACAGGCGUCAUCAGAAUUAUUCCUGACUGAUACUCCUCCUGAGUUGAUUUUCCGAUGUAAGAGUCCCCCUAGGAUGCUCGUAAUAUUGAAUCCAAGGUCGGGGCAUGGUCGUUCUAGUAAGGUUUUCCACGGCAUUGUAGAACCAAUAUUUAAGCUUGCAGGGUUUAAAUUGGAGGUAGUCAAAACAACAUCUGCUGGUCAUGCUAAAACUUUGGCAUCCACUGUUGACAUCAGCACAUGCCCAGAUGGAAUUAUAUGCGUUGGAGGUGACGGGAUCAUUAAUGAGGUUCUAAAUGGUCUACUUAGUCGAGACAACCAGAAAGAAGGUAUUUCUAUACCAAUUGGAAUCAUACCGGCUGGUUCCGACAAUUCAUUAGUUUGGACAGUUUUGGGAGUAAGAGAUCCAAUUUCUGCUGCACUAGCAAUUGUGAAGGGCGGUCUUACUGCCACAGAUGUUUUUGCCGUUGAGUGGAUUCAUACUGGUGUCAUCCAGUAUGGGAUGACGGUCUCAUAUUAUGGUUUUGUUAGUGAUGUAUUGGAACUUUCGGAGAAAUAUCAAAAAAGGUUUGGCCCUCUGCGUUAUUUUGUUGCUGGAUUUCUCAAGUUCUUAUGUCUGCCGAAGUACAACUAUGAAGUGGAAUAUCUUCCUGCAUCAAAAGAGGAUCUAGAAGGGAAACACUCAGCAGAGCACGAAAUAGUUGGGAUGUCAGACGUGUACACUGACAUUAUGAGAAAAUCAAAAGAGGGCAUGCCCAGAGCCUCUAGUUUAUCAAGUAUUGAUUCUAUCAUGACCCCUAGUCGAAUGUCUGCUGGAGAUCCUGAUACAACAUGUAGUAGCACUUAUGCUAGCACUGAACCAUCGGAGUAUGUUCGUGGCCUGGAUCCAAAAGCAAAACGCUUGUCUUCAGGGAGGACCAAUGUAACAGCAGAACCAGAAGUUAUUCAUCCUCAGAUACCACUGUCUACAGCUCCAAAUUGGCCAAGGACUAGGUCAAAGUCUAGGACAGACAAGGGGUGGACUGGCUUGACCAUCACACAUGAUCCCUCUAGAUGCUCUUGGGGAAAUACUGCAACCAAUGAUAGAGAAGAUAUAUCUUCAACACUAUCUGAUCCAGGUCCAAUUUGGGAUACUGAACCGAAGUGGGAUACAGAGCCUAAUUGGAAUGUCGAGAAUCCAAUUGAAUUGCCUGGACCUUCAGACGAUUUAGAAACAGGAACAAAGAAGGAAGUGAUGCCUAGGUAUGAAGAUAAAUGGAAUGUUACCAAAGGGCAAUUUCUUGGCGUCCUGGUUUGCAACCAUGCAUGUAGAACUGUGCAGAGUUCUCAGGUGGUAGCACCCAAAGCAGAGCAUAAUGACAACACCAUGGAUAUGCUCUUAGUUCAUGGAAGUGGGCGGCUUCGGUUGAUGAGAUUUUUUUUGCUGCUGCAGUUGGGUCGGCAUCUUUCAUUGCCAUAUGUUGAAUAUGUGAAGGUUAAAUCAGUGAAGAUUAAGGCUGGAAAGCACACCCACAAUAGUUGUGGCAUUGAUGGUGAGCUUUUUCCACUAAAUGGACAGGUCAUCUCUUCUUUGCUUCCGGAGCAAUGCAGACUUAUUGGCCGCUCAUAUAACCAUCAUGAUUAACUUCAAAAGUGUAUGUGAUUGUGCCAGAAGAAAUGAAAAUGAGUCGUUGAUCAGAAUUCUUUGAUGAAUUCUGUGGACAUAUAUGGUCUUUCGGUAGAGACUAUCCAGAUGAUGCUUAAAACCUCAAAAGAAGUCAAAAAAAAAGCCUGUUAUAUAUUUUCUUAGUUACCUCCUACAUUGUGCCUUUACACAGCUGAGGUUCCUGUAAAUUUUUGGUUUGGUUAUCUAUAUCUCUUUUGCUUUUAAUUUGUUUGCCUUUUUUUCUUAAUAUAAUUAUGUUAAACUUUCGCUGAUGUACUAUUCUCCCUUUCUAGCUUCCGGGUGUGAUCUGUUCAAUGUAUUGAAAUUUGUGAUAUUUUUUCCUAUAAAAUUUUAAUUUCUACUUCUCCUGUAA